UCCAUCCGUCCAUCCAUCCAUCCACCCGCGCCCAGGCCUCGCCCCACCCGGGCCUGGCGCCGGCCCGUGUGCCCUUCCCUCUGCCCACCGCCGCCUCGGAUCCCCCCUCUCCUCCUUUCUGAGCUAGGCCCCUCCUCCGCCACGGCCAGGGAAGCCAGCCGCGUUGGGCCUUGCACCUCGACAUCAGGGUCUUGCACCCCGAGAUUGGAUGAAGAGAUCUGGACCAGCCUGAGAAGCCUGACCCGAGACCAGCCAAGCCACCCUGAGAUCCUGCUGUUGGGACCCUCCCUCCCCACCAAGACCCGGACCCUGAACCCCAGUCAGUGUCUGGGGUUAGAAUCUCGACAUCAGCCCAUAGGACUCCCUCUACCCUGCCCCCUCCCCAAGAUUUGGCAACCGAAUUCCAUUAUUGACAGCGUGGACCCCAAGAUUUGGAGCUGGAACCCCAGGAUUUGAUGAUACCUGAGUUGACCCCCUACCCAGAUUUGGAGCUGAACUCUGAAUUCUCAGCCUGGCUUGGCACCUUGGAAUCUGGGACUUGAUUUCCAAAUCUAUACCCUGGAAACCCACUCUUUGGCAACUGAACCCUGAGAUUUAGGCCUCAGAUUCCAAGAUCUGAAUGCAGGACUUCCAAGGGGGCCUUCACCUAAAUGUGGACCAGAGAAGUCCUAGCUGCAGACCCAAAUCUGCAGCUAGAGACCUCCACAUUUUGAUUGAGCACCCCAAUAUCUGAACGCAGAGUCCCAAUUAUCAAAUCGCAGGAUUGGACUUGGGACUCAUACCUUCAAUUUCCCUUUUUUGGUUUCUGGACAUUGCAAGACUGAAGCUGGGGAGAUUUGACCCUGAAUAACCCAAACUAGGACCUGGCUAUCUCAAACUGGACCCUUAGAGGAUCCCACAGUUGGAAGCCUGGAACCCUAAGUAUCAGAAUCUGGAGACUCCGUGACCACAGAUUUUUAAGCAAGACACUACACUCCCUCCGCAGAGGCUUUGGGGAUGAGGAAGGGCGGUUCUGAUGUCCCCGGCUGGCCACAGAGCCCUGACCUCUGACCCCCUCGGAGCCUGAGGACUCUGCUCCCCCCAGGGUGGCUUCCAACUCAGGCCACCCCUGCCCGCGAUGGCCGUCUUUCCAUUGCUUCUUUGCCUGCUCCCGCUGGCCCCUGCCUCAGCUCCACCUCAGCCAGCCACAUCCAGCCCGUGUCCCCGCCGCUGCCGUUGCCAGACCCAGUCGCUGCCCUUAAGCGUGCUGUGUCCAGGGGCAGGCCUCCUGUUCGUGCCUCCCACCCUGGAUCGCCGGGCAGCCGAGCUGCGCCUAGCGGACAACUUCAUCGCCUCAGUCCGGCGCCGAGAUUUGGCCAACAUGACGGGCCUGCUCCACCUGAGCCUGUCCCGAAACACCAUCCGCCAUGUGGCAGCCGGUGCCUUCGCCGAUCUCCGGGCCCUGCGCGCUCUGCACUUAGAUGGGAACCGGCUGACCUCGCUGGGCGAGGGGCAGCUGCGUGGCCUGGUUAACUUGCGCCACCUCAUCCUGAGCAACAAUCAGUUGGCAGCCCUGGCGGCUGGUGCCUUGGACGACUGCGCUGAGACGCUGGAGGAUCUCGAUCUUUCUUACAACAACCUGGAACAGCUACCUUGGGAGGCUUUGGGCCGCCUGGGCAACGUCAAUACGUUGGGCCUCGAUCAUAAUCUGUUGGCUUCCGUGCCUGCUGGAGCCUUUUCCCGCCUCCACAAGCUGGCCCGGCUGGACAUGACCUCUAAUCGUUUGACCACCAUCCCGCCGGAUCCUCUCUUCUCACGUCUACCCUUGCUGGCCAGGCCCCGGGGUUCACCGGCCUCGGCCCUAGUGCUGGCCUUUGGUGGCAACCCUCUCCACUGCAAUUGUGAGUUGGUGUGGCUGCGGCGCCUGGCCCGGGAGGACGAUCUCGAAGCUUGUGCCUCGCCCCCGGCUCUGGGAGGCCGCUACUUCUGGGCAGUGGGAGAGGAAGAAUUUGUAUGUGAACCCCCCGUAGUGACCCACCGAUCGCCCCCUCUGGCUGUACCCGCAGGCCGGCCAGCUGCCCUGCGCUGCCGGGCAGUUGGGGAUCCAGAGCCCCGAGUACGAUGGGUGUCACCCCAAGGCCGCUUGCUGGGCAACUCCAGCCGGGCCCGGGCCUUCCCUAAUGGAACGCUGGAGCUGCUAGUCACCGAACCGGGCGAUGGCGGUGUGUUCACCUGCAUUGCUGCCAAUGCGGCUGGUGAGGCCACAGCGGCUGUGGAGCUGACCGUGGGGCCCCCUCCACCCCCUCAGCUAGCCAAUAGCACCAGCUGCGACCCCCCGCGGGACGGGGAUCCUGAUGCCCUCACCCCGCCGUCCGCCGCCUCUGCCUCGGCGAAGGUGGCCGACACCGUGCCGCCUACUGACCGCGGCGUCCAGGUGACUGAGCACGGGGCCACCGCGGCUCUAGUGCAGUGGCCGGAUCAGAGGCCCAUCCCGGGCAUCCGCAUGUAUCAGAUCCAGUACAACAGCUCGGCGGAUGACAUCCUUGUCUACAGGAUGAUCCCAGCGGACAGCCGCUCCUUUUUGCUGACUGACUUGGCGUCAGGCCGGACCUAUGAUUUGUGUGUAUUAGCAGUGUAUGAGGACGGAGCCACUGGGCUGACGGCCACGCGGCCCGUGGGCUGUGCCCGCUUCUCCACCGAGCCUGCUCUACGGCCCUGCGGGGCCCCACACGCGCCUUUCUUGGGGGGCACCAUGAUCAUCGCCUUGGGGGGCGUCAUCGUGGCCUCUGUCCUGGUCUUCAUCUUCGUGCUGCUCAUGCGCUACAAGGUGCACGGGGGCCAGCCCCCCGGCAAGGCCAAGACCACCGCACCGGUCAGCAGUGUUUGCUCACAGACCAAUGGCGCCCUAGGCCCCACGCCAGCGGUGCCCACUUCUGAGCCCACUGCACCCAGGGCCCACACGGUGGUCCAGCUGGAUUGCGAGCCCUGGGGGUCCAGCCAGGAACCUGCGGGACCCUAGCUGGGCAGCCAUCUCUGCUGGCUGGCUUUGGCCCCCACACGGACAGCAGGACUCGGAUCCCACGAGGGACCUAGCCUCAGACUCACCAAAAUUGCUCACGGUUUUUAAAAACUCGGAUGGGGAGGGCUUCCGGGGCACCAGGGCACAACAAGAAAGUCCUAUUUUUCUAA